AUGGUCGCUACUAAGCCACCACGUCGAACUAUGGGCAAAUUUUUCCGAAAAUUUUUCCUUGAUGGUCAAUGUCUAGAAGAAGAGAAAGAGAAAGAGUUUUUGGAUGAGCCGACUUGGUGGGAGAAGUUUCACGAUAAACACAGAAAAUAUAUGGCAUUAGCCAUUCCAUUUGUUUUCAUUCAGACCAUCUGGUUAACAUCGGCUAUCAAAUACAAUUUCUUUUCUUUAUAUCCAAUUCGAUGGGAGUUGCCGAUAACGAUGAUCUUUGGAGCAAGCAUCGCUGGAAUGACAUCAGAAGGUGGUGGAGCGGUGGCAUUUCCCGUGAUGACUUUUGUGCUUCAUAUUGUGCCGAACACUGCAAGAGAUUUCACUCUAAUGAUGCAGUCUAUUGGCAUGUCCGCAGCACUCUUUGUGAUUGUCUAUAUGGGAAUCGUUGUCGAAAGACGUGCCAUUCUUUUUUGCUUUCUUGGUUCGAUCCCUGGAAUUAUCGUUGGUCUAACUUGGCUCGAUCACCUUCUAGAUGAUGCUUUAAAGAAAACGUUUUUCGUCUCAGUAUGGGCUUCUUUUGCAGUAGCAUUGUAUUUGCUAAAUUCGGAGCGAAAAAGAACAACUUAUCGAGUGAUUCCAAUGUUUUCUACAUGGAAAGCUUUAGUGUUACUUCUUACUGGUUUUGUUGGAGGGAUUUUCACAGCAUUUGCUGGAAGCGGGAUUGACAUUUGCACUUUUUCGGUGAUCACUCUCCUAUUUCGUGUUAGCGAGAAAACGGCCACACCAACAACCAUUGUUUUAAUGGCGCUGAAUUCAAUGAUGGGUUUCUAUUGGCGGGCAGUGAUUCAAGGUGGAAUACCACAGAUAGCUUGGGAAUACGUGGCCGUUUGUACGCCAGUUUGUGUCACCUUUGCUCCUCUCGGCUCAUUUCUCGGAUCUCAUUUUCAUCGUUUAGUUUUAGCAAGUUUAAUCUACAUUCUUGAAAUACUUUCGGUAAUCGGCUUCUUGGCCACUCGUCCAUCGAUAUCAUUCAUUGUGAUUGGUGUCAUCAUUAUUGGAAUUGGCUUUUUAUUUUUCAUAACUCUUUGCCAAGCUGGGAAAACGUUGAUGAAACGGGUGGAAAUAUCGAAACAAAAGAAUGAAAAGCCAGAAACGAUUGUUUACAGUUUCCAAAGCUCUAAACAAGAAAUCAAUACAAAAGUG